AUGAAUCGAGCUGAGCACGUAUGGGGGAAAAUUCCGUGCUCAAAUCCUCACUUGAAUUCAAACCCUAACCCUAACUCAAAGAAAAAGCAAAAGCGAUUCCACAAUUCAAGCAGUAAUGGAGGCGGCCGGUACAACGAUGAUUUUCCGUCUGCAACGCAGGCUGCUUCCGACGAUGCUUAUUCAUUCAAUCAGACUAGUACAGCGGUGAGUAGUGGAUUCAACCACGGCGGGUAUCUAACCUACAAUCUUGCCUCGUACACAAAAUCGGAGCUUUUAGAGCUCCGCAAACGCUUUGCUGCCGAGCUUGAACAGAUCCAGAACCUGCGCGAUCAAAUUGACUCCGGUCAAUUCAACGUUACCAGUAGCAGUAACAAUCCUGGGCCUCAAGGCAAAGUGAAGAAAUUAUCUGUUAACAAACGGCCUGGAGCCCCAGUUGGAUCCAAUAAGGAUCCAAAGAAAUCCUGCAAUGGAUUUCUUGAUAAUGGAAAUUUAGGGGUGGUGAGUGCAAUUGAUUGUGAGGGUAUGCUAAAAGAAUGCAGGCAGAUUUUGACGAAAUUGAUGAAGCACAAGAACGGGUGGAUAUUCAACAAGCCUGUUGAUGCGGCUGCUUUGGGGCUUCACGAUUAUCAUCAAAUUGUGAAGCGGCCGAUGGAUCUGGGUACAGUGAAGUCAAAUCUGGCCAAGAAUUUGUAUUCUCAUCCUGCUGAAUUUGCGGCCGAUGUGAGGCUGACUUUUAAUAAUGCCUUACUGUAUAAUCCAAAAACUGACCAGGUUAAUGGGAUGGCGGAGCAGCUGUUAGUGAGGUUCGAGGAAUUGUUUAGGCCAAUUAAGGAGAAGAUUGAUAGUAGUAAUACUCAACGGAGAGAAAGGGAGCUUAGAGAAUUUUGGGAUAAUGAUGAAUUGCAAGGGAGUCAGUGGACUAAUCAUAGACAGGUUAUGGCAUCUUCCCCAGUAAGACGAGGAAAGAAAGGUAAACCAACAUCAAGCCCGAUUCCAGUUCAUCAGGCUUCAAAGAAGCCGGAGAGAACGCAAGCGAAAAAUCAAUUGAGUUCUUUGGUGCCUCCAGCUCCUCCACCAUCAUCGAGUCCUCCAGUACAUGCCCAAACUCCAUCUCCUGUCAGAGUUCCAUUGCCUGCAAAGGAACAGAAAGUUGGGAGGGUAGUGACAGUGAAGCAGCCAAAACCGAGGGCAAAAGAUCCAAAUAAGAGGGAGAUGAGUAUAGAGGAGAAGCACAAGCUCGGUAAUGGGUUGCAGAGUUUGCCUCAGGAGAAGAUGCCACAAUUGGUUCAGAUCGUAAGGAAGAGGAAUGCACAUUUGGGGCAAGAUGGUGAUGAAAUUGAGCUUGACAUUGAGGCCCUCGAUACUGAAACUCUUUGGGAGUUGGAUCGGUUUGUGACCAAUUGGAAGAAAAUGGUGAGUAAGACUAAACGGCAAGCAUUGAUGAUGAGUAACAAUCCUGCUGCUGAAGCUACUGCUCGAACCACACACAAUGCAGAGGAUGACAUGGGUGAAUUAAGUGAGGGAAAUGACAUGGGAAAGAAGCCGAAAAAGAAUGAGGAUGAGGAUGUGGAUAUUGACGAUGAUAUGCCUGUGACAAGCUUUCCUCCCAUCGAGAUCGAGAAGGAUGAAGGGGGUGGAGGUGGAGGUGGAGGUCAUGAUCAAGGCAAUGCCAGUAGUAGCUCUAGUAGUUCUAGCAGUUCCAGUAGUGAUUCAUCGUCUUCCAGUGGUUCUGAUUCAGGGAGUUCCUCCAGUAGUGACUCUGAUGCAGACGAUGCACAGUCCUGA